GCGGCGUCGCGCGGGCGGCGAUCCAACGGGGUUGCAACGCCCGCGCGUGCGACGGCCAGCGUGGGCCACAGGAGGACUUGACGGACCGUCGGGCACUGGCUAAAGUGACUGCCUGCAUUGCCCGCGAAGAGGUGCUCGGGGCGGUGCUGGGGCCGCCGUGCGAUGCCUGGGGCGCGCCGCCGACAGUGGAAG